UGGAGGGGGCGGGCAGCGGGCGCGCAGCCGGCCAAGUCCCCGGAGCCGAGGCUUCCUCCGCGCGAGCCCGGCGAGUCCGGCCGCGGAUGCCCUGCCCGGAGUGCUCCGUGCCGCGCCAGGCUUGCCAGGGUCCGCGGCGAGACAUGCCCGAGCCAGGCGCUGCCCCGACCUCGACUUAUCUGUAAGCAGCGGAAGGAACCAUGGUCAGUAAGGACACCGGCAAAUGCAUACUCACAGCGUCGGAGAGUGACGUGGAACCUGCCGCCUGCCUGGCCCUGGAGAUGAAAUACGCCCUGGACCCCAACCGGCAGAUUAAAAAACGCAACAAAGCGCUGCAGGUGCGGUUUAAGGAUAUCUGCGAGGCACAGAAUGAGCAGAGGGACACACAGCUGUCCUCGGGCCAGCUGGGGGAGAAGCGGGAGGCCAAGCCCGUGUCCUGCAGGACAGCCUACCGCAAAUACAUGACAGUGCCCGCGCGCAGGUCCAUCCCCAACGUCACCAAGAGUACAGGUGUGCAGACCUCACCGGACCUUAAGAAGUGUUACCAGACCUUCCCUCUGGAUCGCAAAAAGGGGAACCUUAAAAGCCUCCCUGCAGCAGAUCCCUUUAAAAGCCAAAACAAUGGGUUUCUAACAGAUGCUAAAGAGAAUAACGAGGCUGGACCCACGGAGGAGGCCCGGCCAUGUGGCGCAGGGCGGGUGCACAAGACCACAGCCUUGGUUUUCCAUUCUAACGAACACAUGAACGCAGUGGACCAGCCUCUGGGGGUCAACUGCACAGAGCCCUGUAAAAGCCCGGAGCUGCUCAGCUAUGGCGAAGCUGCGCUCCAGAACUCCACUCGGCCCCCCUCCGAAGAGCCCAAUUACCAGCUGCUCGGGAGGGCCAAGCACCACCGGGGGAGGCCGAACUCCGAGGAGCCCACUCCACCUGCCCUCGGAAGGGUGUUUAAAACAGAGGUUGCCACCGUUUACGCACCGAUCCUCAGUGCCAGGGCCCCUGAGCCUGGUUUGUCAAACUCUGCGGCUGCCAGCCAGUGGUCACUCUGCCCAGCAGACGAGGAGCAGAGGAAAGUCACACAUCUCAAUGGGCUCCAGCCGCCCUCGGGCACUGCCCUGGCCUGCUCACCCCCCGUGCAGUGCCUGUCCCCCGAAUGUAGUGAGCAGCCCUUGCAGACUCAAACCCCGCCGGGGCUGGGGAACCAGCCUAGUCCCACAGCGGUUGCUGCAGGUGAAGAAUGCCAACAAAUCGUGCCUCAUACGGAAGUGGUCGACCUCAAAGCACAACUUCAGAUGAUGGAGAACUUGAUUAGUUCAAGCCAAGAAACCAUCAAAGUGCUCUUGGGGGUCAUUCAGGAGUUGGAAAAAGGAGAGGCCCAUCGGGAAGGGCUUUCAUAUCGGACGGGGCAAGACACAGCUAAUUGUGACACAUGCAGGAACAGUGCAUGUAUUAUCUAUAGUGUGGAGCUGGAUUUUAAGCAGCAAGAAGACAAACUCCAGCCAGUUCUGAGAAAACUCCACCCUAUUGAGGAAACUCAGGUCAUACCUUCGCCUUACUCUCAGGAGACUUACUCCUCAACUCCCAAGCAAAAAUCCAAAACUGAAUCUAAAAAGCACGGAAGAUGGAAACUCUGGUUCCUUUAACACUCACGGUGUCUGGAGUCUCAAGGCCGUCUUUAGAACCCACUGCAGUUUGUCAAUACUUUUCCAAAACGAAUAGGAUCGAGGGAACUAUGGUGCCAACUCAGGCAUCUCCCACUUCUCGCCCUGCGUACCAAAAAGGCCUUUGUACCAACAGAUAAGUAGCAGAAGCAAGGUAUUCCGCGUCACUCCUUGCCAGCUGUUCUUUGCAGUUCACUGAUGUGGGGUGUAAAAUCUGAAACGAAACUUACAUAGUCAAAGAUGAUAAGUAAAAAUUCCCCCCCACCCCCAAUCUGCAAGGAAUACAUUAUCAACCUGCAAGAUGGCAGGCUGUCACCCUGUACACAGCUAUAACUCAUAAUUAUUUUCAAGCCUUGAUUUUUUUCUUAAUAAUGAGAAGAAAAAAGCAAGCCUUAUGUUUGCAAAGGACUUCAUUUUUACAUUUCAUUUUGCAAAUAAGCAGGGGGCGAGUGCAAUUUUCAGCACAUCAAAUUCCGGAGAAAGCACAAUUUUUUCAAGUGGUCGGAGACCAUGAAUAAUCUCUAAAAUGUGACUAUAUGUAUAUUUGCCUUCAUGUGCUAUAGCGCUAAGCCAAGUGACCACAUCUCAGUGUCACACUGACACCUCAAAUUUAGCAUCCUCUUCAUCUUCAGACUUAACGACAUGUUUACUGCUCAUUUUCCAAAUGGCCAGCAGCCAGGAGUCCCCCAAAGUCAGGAUAUGCCUUUAAUCACUGCAAGUAGACAGGGUCAGAGCUAUUGGACACUAAGCUUUCUUGGAUCUCGUUUUUAAUGUUUUGGUACCCAAAGGCCAAACGAUAUAUUCUGGCAAGAAUCUGAGAACACACAUAGAGGUACGUGAUGGAUAACACAACCACCAAUAAAUCACAGGCGUUCUGUGCCACGGCAGACAGUGUUUUUGUGGAUCAAUCCUCUGAGACACUGUUCGCCAUGGUAAGCGCAGCCACACACUGUAUACAAUUUGUUUAUGCUUUGUAACAACGGUGGAAGACUUGACCGUCUCAAAGAGAAACAGCGUGUUUAGCUUAGCUGUUACCAAGGGACAAUGUCGCCUACAUUUAACCUAUUAGUAAGUUGUACUAAACAACAUACUUAGGGGAAAGCUGUGAAUCAAAUGUUUUUAGGUAUUUUUUAAAUCAACAGUAACACUUAGAGUUCUCUCUUGAUUACACAUUGCAAUGUAAAUCUUAGUUCCUUUAUUUUUUCACCUUUGCAAGUAUCUUUUUAUAGAAAUCAAAUCCCCAGUCUAUUAAUGACUUUGUCUAUCAACUUUUUGAUUUUCACAGUAGGAAGUAGGGGUCUUACUUUGCCUUUUUUUUUGUAUAACCAAUUUUGAAUAGUUUGUGAAGAUACAGGAAAACGUAGUCUUGAAGUUUCUGUCCGGCAGUUUCACAUCUAGCGGAGUGCUGACAUGCACACCUCAUUGAUUAGAUGCCAAACACACAGUGGCUAACCUUGGUAAAAGGAUCUCACCUGCUUUUAUCAGACUGGAGCUACUUCUUGCCAUGCAUUUUCCUCCUGACUCAAUAGCAAAUCUGUUUUAGUUCUAAGUGUUUCGAUUCUACAAGGACCUAGUGAUCAGUUAUUAGAUCGGACCUUGAAAACAAAAAAUGAAGAGUGUAUUGUGUAAACAUUCUUUGGGGGCUACUCAAACAAUACCGCAGUUGUAUGCUUUAAUUUAAAACACACACACGCACACACGUUUUGCAGAAACACUAUAUGAGGUUCAAAUCCCUAGAUAUCAGUAAACGGAACUGAGAAAUAUUUUUGUGCAAGAACAAUGAAGAAGUUGAUCCUGUAACAUGAAGGAAGUGCAAUUGUUUCAUGUAGAUUAAACAUUUAAAAAUGGGUUUCAUGUUUUUUAUACUGUUUUUAA